CUUCUCGAAACUUUUCACAUUCUCCAAUAUAAAUUCCUCCAUAACCUUAAACCUUAAAAUCAUCACACUAAAAAACAAACACACAAAAAAGAAAAAAGAUAUCUAAACUCAAAACUUCGCAUCAAAUCAGAGAAGCACACGAAGAAUGAUGAACAUGAAGAACAUCAUCAACAACAACAACGUAGUACCCUCGUAUAGGGGCAUUCCUUCACAGAGGACACCCUCUAAGGUUAGAACUAUUCCAAUUCACUUCGUGGGUUCAGAACGUAGUAGAGAGAAUUCUGCCAUCAAGAUCCAGAAGGUUCUGAGAGGGUUUUUUGUGAGGAAUGCGUUGAAGAGGAUCAUGGGGUUACGUGUUGAGUUGCAGAGUGUUGAGGCUAAGGUUUAUGCUUCAAUGGAGGUGAUUAAGAGGGACCAGAGGGAGAGAGUGAGGGUCAGCGAGACCAUCAUGAACUUGCUUUUGAAGCUUGAUUCGGUUAGGGUGCUGAGUUCUUGGUAUGGGGUUAGGGAAUGUAGGAAGAGUGUGAUUAAGAAGGCUAUUGCAUUGCAAGAGAUGGUUGAAUCAGAAUCUGCUUGUGUUGUUGAAGAAAAUGGGGUGGAGGAGAAUGAUGCUAUGGUGCAGGAAGAGGAGAAGGUGGUUGAAGUUUCUGAAGAGAAAGAGGAGGAGAAGAUGGAGGUUAUGGAUGAUGAUUCUGGAGCAGAUAUUAAGUGUGUUUCAGAAUCAUGCAUGAAUUCUUCUGUAGAAGAGAAAGAAGAGGAGAAAAUGGAAGAUUCUGGAGUUGAUAUUCAAUGUGUUUCAGAAUCAUACAAUAUAGAAGAGAAAGAUGAGGGUGAUGGGGAGAGAGAAGAGAGUGUAGGAACAAGUUUGGUUGAGGAGAAUGAGAAUGAGAAUAAUUGUGUGGUGAAAAAUGAAGAGGAGGAGGAGGAGGAGGAGGAGGAGGAGGAAGAAGGGAAUGGUAAUGAAGAAAGAAGAGAAGGGAAGCAUAGGGAGAUGUUGGAGAAGAUGAUGGAGGAUAAUGAGAGAAUGAUGAAGAUGAUGGCCAAGUUAUGUGAGAAGAAUGAGAUGCAGACUCAGCUUCUUACUUCUCUGUCUAAGAGAGUGGAGCAACUUGAAAGAGCAUUUGCUUGUGACAAGAUGAGGAGGAACAAGAGAAGAAAUUGUAGUGAUGCCAAACACAAACAAAAUAUGAACAAAUAAUGCUUCCAUCUCAAUUGGGAACCUCUUACUAUUUCUUUUGUUUUUUAAUUAAUUUGUUUGGUCUUUGAAGUUUCAUUUUUUCUGCAAAUCUAAUGUAAUACUCCUUUCUUAUUGAUGUUCUACAAUGAAGUGGCUUGCCAAUGAGUUUUGGAAAUAUGUUGCCUCUCAAUUCUUCUGAAUCUCUCCUGGUUGUAUAAUGUUAGUACUUUUUCCGUGUA